AUGAGCAAUAAUUCUGAGAUUCUAGAAGGGCUAGAAGCGCCAUAUGAUAUAACUUACAGAGUAGGUGUGGCGGAGAAUAAAAACUCAAAGUUUCGUAGGACAAUGGAAGAUGUUCAUACGUAUGUUAAGAAUUUUGCAUCAAGAUUAGAUUGGGGAUACUUCGCAGUAUUUGAUGGGCACGCUGGAAUUCAGGCCUCAAAAUGGUGUGGUAAGCAUCUUCACACAAUUAUAGAACAGAACAUUUUAGCAGAUGAAACACGGGACGUUAGGGAUGUACUGAAUGAUUCAUUCCUCACCAUUGACAAAGAAAUUAAUACUAAACUAAUGGGAAACAGUGGAUGUACGGCUGCUGUUUGCGUACUACGUUGGGAGCUCCCAGAUUCAAGUUCUGACGACUCAAUGGAUUUAGCCCAGCAUCAAAGGAAGUUAUAUACAGCAAAUGUUGGUGAUUCCCGAAUAGUAUUGUUUAGGAAUGGGAACAGCAUAAGACUGACUUAUGAUCAUAAAGCAUCAGACUCCCUGGAGAUGCAAAGAGUUGAACAAGCAGGUGGCUUGAUAAUGAAGAGCCGUGUAAAUGGUAUGCUAGCAGUAACGAGGUCCUUAGGAGAUAAAUUCUUUGAUAGUUUGGUGGUGGGAAGCCCAUUUACAACAAGUGUGGAAAUAACCUCCGAAGACAAAUUUUUAAUCUUAGCAUGUGAUGGAUUAUGGGAUGUUAUUGAUGAUCAAGAUGCAUGCGAAUUAAUCAAGGAUAUUACUGAACCUAAUGAAGCUGCAAAAGUCUUGGUGAGAUAUGCUUUAGAAAAUGGUACUACAGAUAAUGUUACAGUAAUGGUUGUCUUUCUUUAA